CAGCGCCACUCGAUGGUAUACGAAGGAACUAAAGAAGAUGGCUGGGACAUCGGAGGUAGUCAGCCGAAUCGUUUUAAUCGUUGGAAGUUAAGCCUCGCAUUAGUAGCAUUCAAACUGGACGCCAAAUAAGACGAAUGCUGAUUGGUUGAGAGGAGUUUGGCGCAAAAUUUCGACUUGUUCUCGUAACGGUUGUGGAAGUCGGUAGUCAUAGAGGAGACUCUGUAGGAUUUUCACCUUCCCACCCGGAUUUAGGCGUUAUUACAUCGUACCGGAUGGAAAAGUGUGCAAUGUCAGUUAUCAGCCUGCAUGAUAGUAGCACCAGUAUACACGCUUUGUUUGGAUGCGGUAACGAGGAGUGGAGAACUACCACGGGUAUUCGGCCACGCGCACAUAGUAGACACGAGUUUAAAGAGUGUUGCGAAGUGCUGGCUCGUUGGAGUGAUGGUCUGUCGUAUCUCGGUAUUGUUGUUGAGGUGGAUAAUGAAAAUCAAAGGUGCCUUGUGAAUUUUGAAGAUAAUUCUUUACAUUGGAUUUUAUAUAAAGAUUUACAAACUGGUACUAUGCAGACAGAUGAAAUAACAUGUGCAAUUUGUGAUGGAGAGAAAUCAGAAGCUCCAAAUGAAAUAGUGAUAUGUGAUAGAUGUAACAGAGGUUAUCAUCAACUUUGCCAUCGUCCAAGUAUUCCAGAUAAUGUAUUAAAACCAGAAGUACAAUGGCAUUGUAGGCAGUGCAUAUUUGCAAGUACUGCAAAGAAAGGAGGAGCAAGAAAGAGAGGUCCAGAUGGUAAAUAUUGUUCAUUUUUGUUUCUAUUCUUAAAUUGUUGA